UGGUUUCUUGUUUAACUUCGACUCUGAACCAGCUUGCUAGCUUUGCCUCAAACUUUGAAUAUAUUGCUGCUGUUGUAGUAGUAUAAGAAUUAUACUGCUCGUCUCGGUUCAAAUUGGGAAGCUUUUCAGAACACUAUGAGUGCUUCCAAGUUCAUUAAAUGUGUCACAGUUGGAGAUGGAGCUGUUGGCAAAACCUGUAUGCUCCUUUGUUACACCAGCAACAAGUUCCCAACCGAUUAUAUACCGACUGUGUUUGAUAAUUUCAGUGCCAAUGUGGCUGUGGAUGGGAGCAUUGUUAAUUUGGGCUUAUACGAUACUGCAGGUCAAGAGGAUUAUAGCAGGCUAAGGCCACUGAGUUACCGAGGUGCAGACAUAUUUGUCUUGGCUUUCUCGUUAAUUAGCAGAGCAAGCUAUGAAAACGUUCUCAAGAAGUGGAUGCCGGAACUGCGUAGAUUUGCGCUGAAUGUUCCCAUUGUUCUGGUUGGAACAAAAUUAGAUCUUCGGGAUGACGGAGCAUAUCUUGCUGAUCAAAUGGGGUAUGAUAUUAUAACAUCUGCUCAGGUACGCAUUUCUUAA